AUGUGUUUUUCGUUGUGGCGAUUUGCUCUAAUACUUGCUUUCUGCACGGUUGUUGAGGCCUUUAACUUGCAUAAACCGUUACACGAGCCAAAGUCGAUACGCAUCGGUGGGAGCUGGCAAUGGUCUGCCGGUAGGAGGGCAGCUCGCAAUGACUGCAUCAGUUCCGCUGCAAAAGACCUGAGCAAGUCAGCACUAUGUGCAAUCCAGCCAUUUCACGCUGGAUGUGUACCUCCGUCUGCGGGUACACCGCUGCCUGUCAAGGCUAUUCUGCUCUGCGGCGGUGUCGGAGAACGCAUGAAAAAUUAUCUGGAUCGACUGCUUCAACCUUCUAACGCGGAAGCAAGCCUGCGCGCUGAUUGCCCCCCUAGCAAGCAAUUCGUCUUUCUGAAUGGGGUGCCGGUGUUCAUUUACUCGCUGUCGGAGCUACUGCAUUCGCCUGUGAUCAGUGAAGUGACUAUCGCAACAAAGCCUGAGUGGAACCUAAAGGUCCUAGAGCUGGUAGACUCAUAUGCUGGGCCGUUGCUGGAAAUAAUUGAGACGAAAGCUGCGUCGUGCAAAAACCCGUCUGAGACAAAUUCGGUACAGGAUGGAGCUGUAAAUUCGCCGACAGCGGAAACCAGUGAUGUCUGUGAGGAUUCUCCAUGUGCAUCACCGUCGCAACAUGAGAAAGGAUGCAGUAUUUCCGACACAUCUUGCAAAAGUGAGCCUGUUGGGGAGGAUUCUCAAUCGGCGCCGGAGUUGUCCAGGGUAAAGGCUUUGGAGAUAGACGCUGCCCGCAGGUCGGAAUAUGAAUCCCACCUCCGCAGAUACCCCUACUUUGUUUAUGAUUUGUUGGCCCGCCGUUGCGUACUCAACAGCGAUGCAAAGUGGUCGGAUGUUCUGGAAAAGGCAAUGCAUGGGUCUGAUGCCAAGCGCUACAAGUUGGUGUGUCUGUGCGUCAGCGGUGAUAACCGGCCGUGGUCAGUUUACAAUGCGUUGCGCCGCAAGAAUGCGCUGGAUGCGCGAAUGCCAGGGUGCUGCAGAGCUGAGUACAUAGCCCUGGUGCACGACUCUGUACGCCCGCUCUUGCGUCACGUUGACCUGGAGUCACUGGUGUCCACCGCCCGCCAGCUUGGCGCUGCAGUGCCCGCCGUGCCGGUGACUGAUACCAUCAAGGUAGCAGCUAACCAUUCAGGCAGAACGGUAGUAUCCAAUACACCUGAUAGGUCCACCCUUUUCGCAGUACAGACCCCUCAAGCCUUCCAUUCAUCUCUGUUGAAGAGGGCCUACGCUACAGUGCUGGGAUCUGACGACGCGGAGCCUCCGCCGCACCUCACCGACGACGCUAGCUUCGUGGAACAACUGGAAGGAAAACGAGUGGCGUUAGUCCCCGGUCAUCGAGUAAAUGUGAAGCUCACGAACUGGGAGGACAUCGGUGCAUGCUCCAAAUACCUGCGGGAUACAUACUUUCGGGAAUAA